CCUUAAAAAUGUUGAUUCUAAAGGCUGCAAUAUUUCCUUUAAAACUACUCAAAAAUAUGUACUAAACGAACAAACCAAUUGUAAUAGCACCCGGCAUAUUCCAAUGUAGUAGAAUCGACUUGUAAUCAGCUGUUUCAUGUAUUUAACCGCAUAUGUUUCUGACAUUUCUCCAUUCUGAUUUGUUCGCAAUCAGCUGCUAAAUUUUUAUGGGGUUUUAAUGCGUUUGCGCCAAUACGAGUAUUUACUUUAAUUUCACGAAAAUUGGUGUACCUCUGACCGGCAAAAAAGAAUUUACUUUGACAGAAAAUUGCAAAAAUGUCAACGAGACGGCAAGUAAUUACAAUUUAUCGCCUACUUUUGCGUGAGGCUGAAAAAAUUCCUGCCUACAAUUUCAGAAUGUUUGCUGGACGAAAAAUACGUGACACAUUCCGUGAAAAUAAAAGUAUUAAUGAUUUUGCGGUUAUCGAUCAAAAACUAGCAGAAGCUAAACAAAAUCUAGAGCUUGUGCGGCGGCAGGUUAUCAUUGGACACCUGUACUCUGCUGAAAAACUUGUAAUUGAACAACCUAAAAAAGCACUACGCCGCACAAAAUAGAAGCUGAAAUGUUUUUGAAUGCCCUAAAUACUAUUGCAACUUGUUAUAUUCGCUACAUCAUAUUAGAAUUAGCAAUACUUUGACAAUUAUAUUGUUUAUAUCGCAGUAACUGCAGUUAGGUUAGGAGGUUAAAAUUUGAGAUUUCAAACAAAAGAAAAAAAAAUGGAAUAAAAAUCGAAUUUAAAUGUUAA